AAGGAAACUCAGCCAAUCUUUGACCUUUAAGAUACUUUUAGUAGUAGAUAGUUUUAGUCAUGGGCAAUGAGACCAAGGUUAGGCUACUUCCUGGCUCAGCUGCGGAAGAAGAGCAACAUCAGUUACUGAGUAGGUUAUGGAUAGAAUCAAAGCAGCUUUGGGUAGUUGCAGGACCUGCCAUCUUAACCCGAUUAUCCAUGUAUGGUACCUUCAUCAUAGCCCAAGCGUUCAUCGGACACAUCGGAAACACCGAAUUGGCUGCUCUCUCAAUCGUUUAUCAUGUCCUUGUUAAGUUCUCUAUUGGAGUAAUGACAGGCAUGUCCAAUGGACUAGGAACUCUAUGUGGGCAAGCAUAUGGAGCAAAACAGUAUUACAUGUUAGGGAUAUAUUUGCAGAGGUUCUGGUUGAUUGAGUUCUUCUUUUGCUUUCUUCUUCUCCCACUCUUUAUCUUUAGUGCCCCAGUUCUGGAGUUACUUGGGCAAACUGAUAAGAUAUCAGUUAUGGCUAACAUAAUUGCUGUCUGGUACAUACCCAUAAUGAUAUCUCAUGUCUUUCGUUACACCCUUCGGAUGUAUCUUCAAAGCCAUGGGAAGAAUAUGGUGGUGACCUGGUCUGGGGUGGCGACGCUGAUCAUUCAAGUCAUAUGUUGUUGGAUUUUGGUGGAAGAUAUGAAAUUGGGAGUUGCAGGUGUGAUGCUCGCCAUGGAUAUUGCCAGUGUAAUCCCUAUAAUUGGGUUGUUGAUGUUUGUUUUCUGGGGCGGUUGUCCACUAACUUGGAAUGGAUUCUCCAUGCAUGCCUUUUCUGAUCUAUGGCCGAUGGUGAAACUGUCUGUCUCUUCUGGUGUGAUGCUUUGCUUGGAGAUGUGGUACAACUCUGUGUUAAUUCUAAUCACUGGGAACACUAAAGACGCUGAGAUUUCAAUCGAUGCUCUCUCGAUUUGCCUGAAUAUCAAUGGUUGGGCAAUGGUGCUUUCCUUCGGUUUCCUCGCUGCAGCAAGUGUUAGGGUUUCAAAUGAGCUUGGGAGGGGAAGCGCCAAGGCAGCAAAGUUUGCAAUAAUUGUGGUGGUUUCAACUGCUCUAGUAAUUGGGCUUAUCUUAUUGGGCUUAGUACUGGCUUUUAAAGAUAAAAUUUCCUAUAUUUUUUCCAAUAGUUUGGAGGUGGCCAAUGCUUUUUCAGACCUCUCCAUUCCCUUGGCCUUUUCACUGCUAUUGAACAGUAUCCAACCUGUUCUCUCUGGGGUUGCUGUUGGUGCUGGGUGGCAGAGUAAGGUUGUGUACAUCAACAUCAUUUGUUAUUAUUUUGUAGGGCUUCCUCUUGGUGUCUUACUUAAAUAUGUUGCCGAUCUCGGUGUGAAGGGAAUAUGGAUGGGAAUGAUAGGAGGCACCCUAGCUCAGACUUUGAUGCUUCUUUACUUCACCUACAAGACAAAUUGGGAUAUGCAGGUCACCAUGGCAAAGGCACGGGUAAAUAAAUUGGCCAUCCCUGCUCCGGAUGAAUUGGACAAUACCAAUGCUUCAGAAAAUAAUUAGUACUGUGAUGUGUAUUUCCAUGUGGCUAGUAUUCAAGUUCAUGGUUAGAUUUUUUUUUCAAGAUCCCAUCGAUCUUUGUUUGUAUUAUGAUAAGCCUAGCUAGUAUUGUAAUCCCUAGCAAUGGUAUUGCUAAUAGCCUGGCAAAGAAGGCCAUGUCGUUUUCAUGCAAGACAGAGUGGCUACAGUCCAAUAAUCCUCAGCUCCUCGAACUUAUUCUUCAGGAGGCCUUAAGCUAUACAUGAUGAUCUGCUAUUGAAUAA